AUGGCUGACGCCCUGCAGGACGGAACGGGGGAGCGGGGGGAGACGGGGAAUGACCGGCUCAACAUGCCUAGGAAUAUUGCUGAUGCUCUGCAGGGACGGAACAUGUGGAAAUGGGAGUGGCAAGGCGAGGAAGGGGAGGAGGAGGGGGAGGAGGAGGAGGAGGAGGAGGAGGAGGAGGAGGAGGAGGAGGAGGAGGAGGAGGAGGAGGAGGAGGAGGAAAGGAAAGGAUGUGAAGGAAAGGAAGACCAGAAAAGGAAGCGGAGGAAAGGAAAACCAGGAAAGGAAGAGGGGGAAGGGCAGCAGGGAAGGUGA